AUGGUGGAAAUAGAAUCAUUCUGGAAAGAUUCCUCGGUUGUGAUUACAUUUCUUCGAAGGUUCGGGUGACAACUGUGUCGGCUGGGUGCCCAGCAGCUAAGCCAGUUGAAACCUCGGCUGGACGCGAACAAUGUUAAAUUAGUUGGCGUUGGCCUUGAGGAACUGGGAGUUGAAGAGUUCGUUCAAGGACAGUAUUUUCAAGGAGAGUUAUAUAUUGAUCUCAAGAAAGAAGCUUUUAAGAAACUUGGCUUUAGAAGAAUGAAUGCCUUCACUUUGUGGCCUGCUUUAUUUGGUAAAAAAACAAGAGAAACUAUUGCUGAGACAAAGGAAAAAAAAGUUGCUGGUGACCUUGCUGGAGAUUGGUGGCAGAAUGGUGGAACAUUAGUUAUUAAUAAAGAUGGCAAAGCCCUUUUGACAUUUAGACAAGAAACUCCAGGGGAGCAUGUUGAUCCGAAUGAAGUCCUGAAGGCUCUGGGCAUUGAAGGCAAAGUGGAGGUUGAAGAUCAUGGAGCUGCGGAGUGUGGGGCUGAAGCGUGUGCCAUGCCUUCGAGACCUAAAAAGAAAUAAGUCUUUUAAAGUACAUUCUAGAACAGGGGUAGGCAGAUAUUUCAUAGAUGAAAAUAUGUUGUUUUUUUUAUAUUCCUCAAUUUUUUUUUACAUUGAUGCUAAAUUUAACACAGGGUAAAGCAAUGAUCAAGAUUUUUAAUCUCAUAUACGUGGUAGCAUUCAAACUUCUGUCAAAUACUUCUGACAUUGGGAAGGAGGCCAGAGCAAAAAUAAACAGUCAAGAGAACAAAUGAAUACAAAACAGUCACUUGUUUCUGUCUCACGAAUUCUUCCAUUAAUUAUUCCAUCAAUUACUUCAAACUCCUUUUUUUUUGGGGGGGGACAAAUUAUUUUUCUUUUAUUACUUUUGUAAUAACAUUUUAUUAUCUCUAGCUGCUUUGUUAAAAGUGGUUCUGUGCUUAGUCAGUUCACCACUAGCUAAGGGGCUUGAGUUUAUAUCCAGGCUCGGGCUGAGCUGUUUUCUGAGCCCUUAACGGCAGUUGAACCUUAGUUUUAGUUUAACUUUUUUAGUCUCACUUGUCUCGUCUGAUGGUCCUGGAACUUUAAACUCUGCCCUCAGCUAUCCCCCCCCCCCCCCCCCCCAGAAAAUUUCAGAUGUAAUCAUUUUUGUUUUGUCCAAAUUAUGUAAAACAAAUAAAACAAAACAAAACAAGUGUUGUUCCUCGUGCUGCUCUGUCAACGUACAAACAUUAGCAGACGACAUGCUUUGAAGCCAUCAGGAAAGUUUAAUGACGCGUUAGGUCAGCAUUACAGGUCAGGCUCUGCACGCUAAUGACAUCUCUCUACUCAGUCAGUAUAAACAGUCACACAUCUGGGCUGUCAACCAGUCAAUAACACCGUAAGAGUCGUGACUAUUAAACAAUAAAUAAUUGGUUUGGUUGGCAGCUUUUUUUUCUUUAGUUGCCUGCCCCUGAUCUAGUAAAAUAAACUUUGUGUUUUUAAUAACCCCAUGCCAGGGAUGACAAAAGAUAAACAAGCAUCUUGAUUGUUUGGUGUUUGUUUUAACUAUCAGUUUAAAAAGUAAUUCAUUGCUUUGUUAUUUAUUUCUUGUAGUGUAGACCUCUGUCUUGAAGCUGUACAUUAGCCAAGCAUUUUGUUCUCCUAGGUUGAAAUGUUGUGGUCUAUUGCAUUCCAUUACUACAAAAAAAAAGAUAAUAAUAAACCCUCUAAGAAAAUAAGAUAAUAAUAAAUCCUCUAAGAAAAUUAGAUAAUAAUAUGCAGCACUAAUGAAUUUUGAGUUGAUUAGAUGCUUGUGAGGCCAGCCCAUUUCCCUCAAAUCUGAUGUUACGAAAUAAUGAAUCAGUUAUCCAGUCUUGAGCAAGAACAUUGAUAUGUUAAGGAUCUAAACUCACUGACCUACAUAACAAUUAUAACAUCAAGGUGCUGUCAUCUCACUCUGCCUCCCUUGCCCCUUCUCAUUGGCCAGUUCCUUCUCCUUCCUAAUCCUUCAAUUACCUCCCCCUUUCAGACCAAGCAAAUUAGGGGCAGAUGAUGUAAAGGUUGUCUGUUUCUGUGGCCCACGGUUAACGAGGGUGUCAUGUGGCCAGCACAACGACCAUCCGCCUUUACUUUUCCCCAACUAAUGUCAGGUACUCAUUAGAGCUGGGUGGACUCAGAGGCGCCCUUGAGAUCCCAAAAGUAAAAAUACUAAUAUACCAAUACUAAUAUCUUCAUCUUUUUGAAGCCACAUUUUAUCCAUGGUGUAAAAAUGCAUAUUUGUUGUAUAAUAAUAUCUUUCAAACAGUAAUUGUUCUGUUAAGUUUAUAAACUUUACUUUAAGUUUUCAAUGUUUUCUUUGGAUAUUGUGAAUUGUGUAGUUCAUUUCUUCUCUAUGAAUUGUAAUAAACUGAAUACAGAUUUAUUGUGACAAAAUUGGUGGAAGAUGUCAUGUUUAUUGUCAUGAAACAAGUGUAGAACAAACAUUUAGUAUUAUUAAGUAAAAGGAUGUAUGAAGUUUUAUUAGAUGAAAAUAUGUCACUGGAAUGAAAUAUGCCAUUCUAGCGCCACCUAUCGAGUUAAAUUAAAAAAAAAAAAAGACUUGAGGAAGACAGCUGUGAAAUGAAGUGCUUGGCUGUAGAGAGAAAGUGUUUCUCGUGACUGUAUGAUGACCAUGUCCCAAAUCUGAACCAGAUGGUGUGGUCUGAUCUGUCGGUGUUGACUUAACUUUUUGUGGUCACCACUGAUGUCAUUGUGUCACUUUCUCUUUACAGUUGGCGACAUUUAUUAAGAUUUUUUUCAAUUAUAUAGAUACUUGUUUAUAUGUAAUAUGUUGCUUUAAUAUGGUGAAAUCAAUUUUUAACAUAUAUCAAUACAAGUUUUUGAUGUAGAAUUUUUUACUCAGGGCUCAUCUUGAGAAAUGUUACUUCUCCUCUUACCACUACUUGACCACUACUUAACCACUACUUUACCACUACUUUACCACUACUUGACUAUUACUUGACUACUACUUUACCACUACUUUAUCACUACUUGACUAUUACUUGACUACUACUUUACCACUACUUUAUCACUACUUGACUACUACUUGACCACUACUUUACCACUACUUUACCACUACUUUACCACUACUUUACCACUACUUGACUAUUACUUGACUACUACUUUAUCACUACUUUAUCACUACUUGACUAUUACUUUACCACUACUUUAUCACUACUUUAUCACUACUUGACUAUUACUUGACUACUACUUGACUACUACUUGACCACUACUUUACCACUAUUUGACUACUACUUUACCACUACUUGACUACUACUUUAUCACUACUUGACUACUACUUUACCACUACUUGACUACUACUUGACUACUAUUUAUCACUACUUGACUACUACUUGACUACUACUUUACUACUUGACUACUACUUUACCACUACUUGACUACUACUUUACCACUACUUUACCACUAUUUUACAACUACUUGACUACUACUUUACCACUACUUUAGUAUUGGAUAUUUCUUAUCAGUUAUUUGUAUGAACUUCAUAUAUUUUUGUUUAUCAAAAUAAUACGUAUUUGUUAUGCAAUAAAAUAUUCCUUUUUUAAAUUC